AUGGCAAACGUAGAUCCAGCCACCGCCGGCAACCAGGACGCUGUGAAGACACCACACAGGUACGCAGCGUGGGGCCUCCUGUCCGAUCCGGUUUCUCGUCGGAUCAAAAACGUGACGGAGGGCCUCCGGGCCGAGUUCGGUGGUCCUGAGAUCAUGGUGCCCCAUAUACCCAUUUUAGGGUCCAUCAUUAUGACGGAGGAAGACGCCGUCAACACCUUCAGACUAGCCUGCGACGCCGUUGGUCCCAUCCCCUGUAAUGUCACUCGCGUUGCCACCAGUCCCUUCUAUUACCAGUGUCUUCACCUCUUCAUUGAUCCAGACCGUGAGUACAAAAAUUUAAACAUCAGCUUUCGCAAUUUCGGGAGACGUUUUAGUCGAAUUUGUAGUAUGCCACAUCUGAGUCUCCUUUACGGGGAGCUGACAGAUGAAGAGAAGAAAAGAGCUGAAGAAAAAGUUAGAGUCCUGGAUGAGACCAUUACCAGCCUCAAUUUCACCAUAGAUCGCAUUGCUUUGUACAAAUGUAACGAUGAAGACAGAACUCAACACUCUUGGGAGAAGAUUCUUGAACUCCCCCUUGGUUAG